AUGUCAAGAGAUUUACCGGACGAGGUUUUUGAAAAUCCUGAGCUUUACGGACUUCGCCGCAGUCGAAGGCCUCAUACAGCACCCAUAACUACUUCUGGCGAGGAUGAUGAUCAAUCUAAUGAUAAGCUAGAGUUUGACGAAUCAUUUGACGAAUCGGCUAGUGAAGAAAGUGACAUAGAGUUUGGAGUUGCCAAAAAGAGAAAAGUUACUCCGAAGGCGGUUUCAAAGGAGAAGAGAUCUGCAAAGACGAAUGGAAAUCUUGUGGAAGCCGCUGAGGUCAGAUUCAGCACAAGAAACAACAAAACAGUGAAUUAUGCUUUAGAAGAUGACGAGGAUGAGUUUUUGGAGUCAGAUAAUGGCCAAGAUGAGGACUCCUACGCGUAUGAUGGUUACUACGACCAAGAAGUUGAGGAGAAUAACACAGCGAGUAUAGAUCAGGUUUUAGAUCACAGGCUCAAAGGUUUGGAUGAACUCACUUCUGACGCAGAUGAACAAGCUGUAAAACUGGAGACUGAAAAAGAGGAGAGGGCCAGGCUGAAUAGUUCAGGAGAUCCUUAUGUAGAUUUUGAGUUCAAGAUCAAAUGGACUGGAAUAUCACAUCUACACAACACCUGGGAGUCUUAUUCUGACCUUAAUGGAUUCAAAGGAAUUAAAAAAGUUGAUAACUAUAUCAAACAGUUUAUCAUUUACGAUCAAGAAGUCAGAAACGACACGUUUACUACCAGAGAAGAUAUUGAAGCCUUGGAUCUUGACCGCGAGAGAAGAAGAGAGGAGCUUGCCGAGUACACACAUGUGGAGAGAAUCGUUGACAGUGACAGAAUAAUUGAGGAUGGUGACUCUAAAUUGCAGUAUUUGUGUAAAUGGAAGCGUCUCAAUUAUGACGAAUGCACCUGGGAGGAUGCCAACACCAUUGUCAAAUUGAGUCCCGAUAAAGUCACACAUUUUCAACAGCGAGCUAACUCCAAGACUCUACCCAGUCUUUCUGCUUCUUACGGCAAUAACCGUCCCAAAUUUGAAAAACUUGAGGUUCAACCGGUUUAUAUUAAGAACGGAGAACUGAGAGAUUUUCAGCUUACUGGUUUAAACUGGAUGGCCUUUUUAUGGUCUAGAAACGAGAACGGUAUUCUAGCUGAUGAGAUGGGUCUUGGUAAAACUGUUCAAACGGUUUCUUUCUUAAGUUGGUUGAUAUUUGCUAGAAGACAAUACGGUCCUCACUUGGUAGUUGUUCCGUUAUCAACAGUUCCGGCUUGGCAGGAGACCUUUGAGAAAUGGGCUCCCUCUGUAAACACCAUAUAUUACAUGGGAAAUACCAAUUCCCGUAAGAUGAUACGAGACUACGAAUUCUUUCUUCCAGGUAAGAGCAAGAAGCCCAAGUUCAAUGUUCUGCUUACUACCUACGAGUAUAUUCUCAAAGAUAGAGCUGAAUUAGGACAAUUCAAAUGGCAAUUUUUGGCAGUCGACGAAGCCCAUAGACUGAAAAACGCUGAAAGUUCAUUAUACGAAUCUUUGUUUGAUUUUAAAAUUGCCAAUAGGCUUCUUAUCACAGGAACUCCUCUUCAGAAUAACAUAAAGGAGUUAGCAGCACUCGUCAACUUUUUGAUGCCUGGAAAGUUUACGAUAGAACAGGAAAUCGAUUUUGAAACAGCUAGUGAGGAACAAGAGACGUAUAUCAAAGACUUACAAAGCAAGAUUCAUCCUUUUAUUCUUCGGCGACUGAAAAAGGAUGUGGAAAAGUCACUGCAUUCCAAAACAGAAAGAAUUUUACGUGUAGAAUUAUCUGACUUGCAAACACAUUACUACAAGAAUAUCUUGACCAAGAAUUAUGCUGCACUAAAUGCGGGGCCUAAAGAAGCCCAGAUUUCAUUGUUAAAUGUUAUGGCUGAAUUGAAAAAAACUUCAAACCAUCCCUACUUGUUUGACGGAGCAGAGGAGCAAGUGCUCGCAAACUUAGGAUCAUCUUCAAGAGAAAACAUAUUUAGAGGUUUAAUCAUGUCGUCUGGUAAGAUGGUUCUUUUGGAUAAACUACUGACUAGAUUAAAGAAAGACGGACAUAGGGUCCUUAUAUUUUCUCAAAUGGUUCGAAUGCUGGAUAUAUUGGGUGAUUACUUGACAUUCAAAGGAUAUAGUUUCCAAAGGCUUGAUGGUACUGUUCCAUCUGCCCGCAGAAGGGUCGCCAUUGAUCAUUUCAACGCAGAUGGAUCGCAAGAUUUUGUUUUUCUGUUAUCGACAAGAGCAGGUGGUCUUGGAAUUAAUUUAAUGACUGCGGAUACAGUUAUCAUAUUCGACUCAGAUUGGAACCCACAGGCAGAUUUGCAAGCGAUGGCAAGAGCUCACCGUAUAGGUCAAAAGAAUCAUGUCAUGGUGUAUCGUUUUGUCAGCAAAGAUACCGUGGAAGAAGAGGUCUUAGAAAGAGCCCGUAAGAAGAUGAUUUUAGAAUAUGCAAUCAUUUCUCUUGGUAUAAGUGACCCUGGUCAAACCAAGAAGAAAUCCAAUGAGCCUUCCAGUGGUGAGUUAUCCGAGAUCCUCAAGUUUGGUGCAGGAAAUAUGUUCAAAGCCUCGGAUAACCAAAAAAAGCUAGAAGAUUUAAAUCUAGAUGACGUAUUGAAUCAUGCUGAAGACCACGUCACUACACCGGACCUUGGAGAGAGUAAUUUGGGAGGCGAAGAGUUUCUUAAACAGUUUGAAGUUACUGAUUAUAAAGCAGAUGUCGAUUGGGAUGAUAUCAUUCCUGAAGAUGAACUAAAGAAAUUAAAGGAAGAGGAAAAGAAACGUCAGGAUGAAGAGUACCUAAAGGAACAGAUCGAAAUGUUCUCCAAACGAAAGGCCGCUUUGAAAGCAAUGGAGAACAGCGCUGAGGGGACAGACGUUGAAAGUACCGACGGUGGAAGCCGUAGGCGACGUGCCACUGAGACUCAAGGACUGAUAGAGAAGGAUUACAGGACCAUUUAUCGAGCAUUAUUGAGGUAUGGAGAUCUGAAUGAUCGAUGGACUGAACUGAUUGGGGAAGGUAUUCUUCCCAACAAGAAGGUUGAGCUAAUGCAAGAUGUGUAUAAUGGCUUGGUACAUCAGGCCCAAGAUUUACUGAAGGCUGAAGACGACCGUCGAUCUAAAGAAAACUCGGUGCCAGAUUCGGCAAACAACGAUGGUCCUAGAAAGAAGGAAAGAAAGGCCGUUCUUUUUGAGUACCAUGGAGUCAAGAAUGUCAACGCGGAGAUGGUAGUUUCCAGGCCUGGAGAUCUGAAACUUUUGUCUUUAAAGAUGCCAAGUGACCCACUUCAAUUCAAAUUUCAGAGACCUCCCAAAGUGAUCAACGGUUGGAGUUGUGAAUGGACUGAGCGUGAUGACGCUAUGCUAUUGGUAGGAAUAUUCAAGUUUGGCUAUGGCUCUUGGAUUCAGAUACGAGACGACCCUUUGCUGGGAUUGCAGAGCAAAAUUUUCCUGGAGACUGCACCUUCGACUCUUUCCAAGGAGGAGAAGGAAAAGUUCAAUAAAAGAACACCAGGAGCUGUGCAUUUGACGAGAAGGGUGGAUUACCUUCUGGGAUUCUUAAAAGAAGAAGGCGAAGAAUCUAAAGAAGAGAAAAAGCACACCAAAAGAGUUUCCAAAUCCUCCACCCCCGAAUCAAGGCCGAAGUCCAAAUCUCUCGAAAUCAAGAAGAAAAAAGAGCCACGUAGGGUCUUGAAGAAGGAGUCCAAAAAGGAGAUCAAGAAGGACAGCAAGAAGGAAAACAAAGAUGGCAAGAAGGACAGUAAAAAGGAAAUCAAGAAGGAGAUGAAGAAGGAGAUCAAGAAGGAGAUUAAGAAGGAGGUAAAGAAGGAGGUUAAGAAGGAGAAUGUAAAAGAAAGGUCUCAUGCCGACAAGACUAGUUCGGAUGACGACCACCUUCCGCCGCAUGAAGAAUCCAUCUGCAGAAGCCAAUUGUCCAAAGUCCAAUCAUCGUUAUCACGACUUAAGCAGGGAGAGAAUGGCUUACCACGUAAAGAGUGGGCUGCCCUGCUGAAGAAAAAACUCAUCACUAUCGGAGAUGAGAUUGACAAAGAAGCUCAAGGGAACUCAAUAAAGCUCAAGCAUCUGUGGGUGUAUGCUACGCAAUAUUGGCCCGCCAAGGUCCCCAGCAAGAAAAUCAGGAAUAUGUACACAAAAUUGAAGGGGAGCAGCACAUAA